GGUCCUUCUGGAGGAUGGGAACCAGCCACUACCGUUUCCAAACGCCCGGUAUCCGGGUAAGAUGGCGGCCGUAGAACAGUGCUCGCUCUCAGCUCAAUGGCGCCCGGUUUCCCUCACUCACGUUGAAUACCCUGCAGGAGAUGUCUAUGGGCAGCUGUUGGCCUACCUCAGCCUGGGACCAGUCGUCAUCCUCAUCAGUUUUGUGACUCUCAUUAUAUUCAAGAGAGAACUUCACACGAUUUCUUUUCUGGGGGGUCUGGUAAUGAAUGAAGGCGUAAACUGGGUAAUUAAGAACAUAGUAAGAGAGCCGCGUCCAUGUGAAGGAAUGCACACAACAGUCACCACAGAGUAUGGGUUGCCUUCAAGUCAUUCACAGUUCAUGUGGUUCUUCUCUGUGUAUUCAUUCCUCUUCCUAUACUUAAGGAUGCACCAGACAAACAACGCUCGGUUCUUGGACUUGCUGUGGCGCCACGUACUGUCACUUUGUCUCUUGACGGCAGCAAGUCUAGUCUCAUAUAGCCGAGUGUAUCUAAUGUAUCACAGCUGGAGCCAGGUCACGUAUGGAGCUGUGGCAGGAAGUAUCUUGGCUAUAGCUUGGUUUGCCAUCACCCAGGAGAUUCUUACCCCGUUGUUCCCUAGAAUCGCAUCCUGGCCAGUCUCAGAAUUUUUUCUCAUUCGUGACACCAGUCUAAUUCCCAACAUCUUGUGGUUUGAAUACACAGUCACUCGGUCAGAAGCCAGAAGCAGACAACGCAAACUCGGUACAAAGCUGCAGUGAAUCUCAGACCAAGAAACUGACAGGGUUGGGGUAUGACGGCGGUAGGAUCCAUACUAUUCUGGCAGUCCAAAGGAACUGAAGCCAGUGCAGCCCACGGCGCACUGAAGAACAUUUAAAACUGACGGACCAAAAACUGGGAGCGAGAACGAGAGAGGCCUUCUACUUGGUUUACAAUGCCUGUCUUGCCAGCGGCCGCCCUCUGCAUGUCAGGACCGGGGUCGACCAAUGCACGCUUGUCCGCCAGUCCCUCUCCGAGACGGAUUGAUGGGAAUUUGCAAGAGUUAAGGUUGUUCCUCCCCCAACACUUCUAUCAAAGAAAAUCCAUUCUUCUAGCAAAAACAGGCCCCUUUUUUAUGGCAUGAACGUCCGCCUUUUAUUUAUUUAUAGAUAUUUUUUAACAAAUCCACAGAAGCUAAUAAGUGUAGGGUGGAAUAUGCUGUAAAUGGCGGCGAUUUAUUAUUUUAUUUUUUGGGGGGGGGGGAGGUGAUGGAGGGGCUCUAGGACUUGCUGUCCUUCAUCUACAAGCGAGGCACUUAACCCCUUGCGCUUUAACAGGCUAAGCUUGGUUGCCGAUUUAAUAAUACCGCCCCCUCCCUUCCCCCAUGGGCUUCAGCUAUGCUCCCCGAGGUGCCUAUUGAUGACUGAUGGUUGGAGGGCUUAAAGCAAUUCCUGUUGCACUUUUUGAACAAGGUUUUUUUCGAUUUAAGGACUACAAAUAACCCUUUUAACACUAGUGAUUUUUUUUUUUUUUUUGUUUGUGUGAAAAUUGUGAAAGUGGGUGGAAAACGGGAUUAUGUCCUUGCUAAUUUGAUACUCGUCUUACCCCCAUGGAGAGGAUGAUUUUAUUUUUUUUGCAGUAACCGAGGAGCCGGUUUACUCUGUAGCCUCCCAUGUGGUCCCUCUUUGACCUUUCAUUCAAUACAGCUUUACCCUUGGAGCCACCAAUUAUGGAAUUGCCUUUUGAGCGAUUUUUCUAACGUGUAGCAAUUGCACUGGCAGCAAUAGGGAAAAUUUUAGUUUUUGUGUUCUGUGGGCCUUAUCCAGGCUAUUCUCCCUAUACAGCGUUGGGGGCUCUCUGCGUGUUAAAACUACAACUCUGUCAGGGGUAUGCUGGGAGCUGUAGUUUCACAACGUUGGAGAUAACUGAUGUGAAGAAUACAGACUGCCGCUAGCGACACCUGUAUUAUGCUCUUGCUUUGAAGGAAAGAGAUCUGGGUAAUUUAUUAGGAGUAAAGAUCGUUUUACGUUUGGAGAAACCUGAUGGUGGUUGUCCAGAAUUAAAGGGCAUCUGUCAGCAGUUUUGUACCUAUGACACCGGCUGACCUGUUACAUGUGCACUUGGCAGCUGAAGGCAUCUGUGUUGGUCCCAUGUUCCUAUGUGCCCGCAUUGCUGAG